AUGGCUGGACGACUGGGCCACGUCAAAGGAGCGGAUGGUAAUGACACAAGACGCUACUUUCCUCGACGGAAUCCAAGUUUCGCUGGUUACGAUCAGAUCCCUCACCUUCCUCCUCCUCCGACAUAUGAUUUGCCUGCAUCUGUUUACCGGAGAUACGUCGCCAACCAAGGUCGUAUGUGGGAGAUAACAUCACCCAAUUCCCUGCAAAACACCUUCUGUCCUGGUAUCCGACCUGCAAAUCUAAACCUUCGAGUCCGUUUCUUCGAGGAACAACAUCGACGCUAUGAUGGCCACAUGGGGCCCUUUGACCCCACGAGGAAUGCUCAGCUUUGGCUCCCAGGCAAAGAGUGGAGAGCCUUAAUCAUGGGACCCGCGGCGGGAAAUCCGCGCAAAUACCCCGAGUAUGAAGUGGCGACUAAUUGUUGGAAGAGUGAUGCUGCCCCUGCCUUCGAUACGGGACGUAUUCACAACAGUUACAUCGACAAGCUCAUUCUACAGAAUCAGGAAGUCGGCUGGAGAAUGGAAGUCUUGCACAAGGAAUACGUCAAACAUCACUUCCUGGAACCCUCUCACAGAGCGUUGUGGAGCGCCGCCAUCCGACCGGCCAUUCCCACUUCAGAAGACAUCGACUCACUACAAGCUACCCCGUUCUGGAUGCCGGACGCUGAUGCUGAAGUCGCGAUGGCCGACGACUGCUACCUGGGUGUGUGGUUAAAUGGAGCAGAAGAACGACAAGCGCGAUGGUAUCUAAAGGAAGGCAUCCCGUGUUUUGUAGUAAGGGAAGUCACGUCUCUUGAGCGCGUUCUACUCGCUGCACGAGAGACCGUGAUAGACUUUGCUGCAGGGACUAGCACAUCAUCCAUCCACUGGACCAUAAACGACUAUGAUUCAAUGGCUAUAUCUCGAGGAGAUUUGUCCCUAUCGGACACCGCUAUGAUCCAUGACCCAGGGUGGGUAUGGCCACAAGCUGUAGUCAAUAGGCGAGAUGAAUCCAGAUCUCCUGAUACGAAGUCUGCAGAUAAGUCUGUGGUUGACUAUGGACCCCCUCCCUUGGAGACCAUCUCUAUCGCAAGUGAUCGAGUACCGUGGAUCAAGCCUCCCCCAGUCAAGAAAGCAGCCGCAAGUCGAGCUAACGCUCCUGCUCAUGAACGCAAAAGAUGGAUUAAGUUUGUGGAGAAUUACGACCCCAAAGGAUCCUUCAAGGAAGUCGGUGCGAAGAAUGCUCCUGUCCACCGGACGCAUUCCAUGUAUGAUCGAGAGAAACGCUGGCAUCUAUUCUUCCUUCGACCACCUAAGAUACCAGAAGGUUGCGUGUCUGACCCGAGCAUUUUUGGCCAGCCCUGCCCGAAAGGAGUCUACAAGGGCAUUAACAAAAAGCAAUUUGUGCAACCUCGCUGGAUUUAUCAAACCAUGGAGCCCCAACCAACGGAUGUCGGCAGAAAAGCGCCUGUCCCAAGACCGGAAGAAUUGCCGCCCUUGAGGAAACCCUCUCAGCCCAAUCCCCCGCCCAAUGAUGACAGCGACAGCGACAACGAUUACUAUCCAGACGAGGGUGAUCAAGCCCCUCCGGUGUUGAACGUGAUAAUCAACGCUGAUGUAUCAUCUGUGAGCGUGACUACCACGCCCGCUGCUCAAAUCACGGGGAUUGAACCCACUGUGCAAGCUAUCGAGAUACAGCCCGCUGCCAUAGGAGCGACUUCAGGAGUGGGGGAAGCCACCACCGAGCCUGCUUCCAUUGAUCCAAACCUAUCUCUCCCUAAGACGAAUCAUAUGCAGGAGGAUGAUGAGAUUUCGUGGGGAGACGACGAGCAUAACCACGAUGUUAUGGGUCUACAGAUCCCUCCUCUCUCCUUUAUGGUGGAUUCAGAAAUCAAUACGGAAGCCGUCACUCCAGCGGAUCCCUUAGAGUUUGCCUCUUCUUUCAUGCUUUAUGGAAUACCCACAUCGGAAGAGUUUCCCGUUAUCCAGGACAUGAUAAUGCAAGAGAAUGGGAUAGAAUUACGAGUCGCCUACGCUGAUUAUGAAGACUACGUGGGAGCUCUCACCCGUGCUUCCCAUAGAUGGCCGGACACUCUCUCCAACAAUGGAAGUCAAGGUCCAUCCUCGCUCCAAUCGGUGGCUCCGGCAGUGAGCUCUUCUUCUCGAAGAUGGAGCAGUGGGGAACGUCGGCAAACGCAUGACAAUCGUCGUCGAUCUCCUUCGAUGGAACGCUACAGAGUUAACAGAAGGCUUUCACCCCUCCCUCGGCGACAAUCCCCUUCCCAUUCCACCUAUCGUAGAAGGUAUCAACGAUCCCCAUCGCCUCGUCGUCGUGCUCGUUCUCCAUAUCGUCGUUCCAGGUCGCCUGGACCUCGAUCAUAUCGACCUCCUGGGGAGCUAGCUACGCGACCUUCAAGGGAGCAGGAGAACGCUAGUCCUUUAACCCUCCGGAACUCCAAUGCUGAUGCAAUGAUCCACAUUCCCCCUCUGCCAGUACUUCCAGGCAUGCCAGCUUUUGCUGGACUACCACACAACGCCCCGCUGCCUUUCGGCGCGAAUGUUGCUUUUAUGUGGUCCCCCUCCGGUAAUACCUUUAGCCCCGUCCUUCUGCAAGGAAAUACGACUGUGCUGCCUUAUCCAAUGGCACCUACCGGACCAACUCCAAGUGCCCUGCUGCCUUGGCCAGUAGCCGCAGCAUUGCCUACCUUGAACGUGCCGCCGUCUUCGUUGGAUACUUCGAGAGGCUCGUCUACUGCGUCGCUAGCUUCAAGAAUAUCAGCUAUGGUCGAGCUACGGUCCGAUUCCCCGCCUCCAACUCCCGCACGACCAACCCUCAUGUCUCGAAUGACAGACCAGCUAUCAGCAAGGUUGACUGAUCCAGCCCCCCCAGCUGCACUAGCUGCGAGGUUGACUGCUCCAGGUUGGCUGACGCUCGCUGAUCGUCUCGAAACCGCGGACCCCAUGGUGGUUGACCACUCUCCCUACCUUGGCUCAGCUGCGCUAGCUGACUUCAGUACUGAAUCGCUACAUCCAGCAACAGCCUCAGGAAGUUCGUCUUAUCAUCAAGCACCCAUGGAUGAAGAUCCUACCGAUCAGGGAGAUGACGGGGAAGAAGAUUACAAGCGAACGAAGAGGGGGCGGCGUAGCGGUCAGAAGAUUCAAGGGUACCGAAAGCGCGAUGAGGAACGCGAAGAGCGGAAACGUCGGCGACGCCGUCGGUAA